AUGCCAAUUGUAUCUAUUUUAACAGAUCUGAAAGAAAGUUCCAAAGAGCUAGAGGAACGCAUAUCAGAAGGGAAGAUUUCCCACAGAAGUGCGGUGUACAGAGCAAGACCAUCCUCUGAUUUGCAUAGUGAAAUCGACAGUGCAACAGCUAAGCAAGAGGACUACAAGCUAAAACUCCUGCUAAUUUUGACUUUGAUGAUUUUCAUGUUUUUCCUAUUCCUGGCAAGUGUCUGCCUUGGUCUGUUCUGUAGACUGAAGAAAAUGGCGGUUCCUAAUGAUACCAGUGACCAGUUGCAAGGCGUUAGACCAGAUCUGGCCCACCUAUCUUAUUUCAAACCACUGAAAGGUGUAUCUGACACAUCCUUCUCCCGAACAAAUAGCUCAGAGUGGAGUGAUCCAUCUGUGCUGAUGCUGCAGAAAUAAACUACUCCAAUCAAA